AUGGUCAUCUUUUACUUACUGUCAGCACAAUAUAUGAUGAGGCAAUUUAUUACACAAAUGAAGGCCAAAGGCAAAGAGAACAUUGAUGUACAAUCUCUAGUGGAGAGACCUAAUGUUUACAUUCUAGGAAGGUGAGGAGCCUUUAAGGUUGAACAGCUGGCAUAUAUAAAAACUAGAAAAGCCUGCUUGCAAAGUCUAAGUGAACCACUUCUAACAUCAAAUGGUGCGCAGAUUACUGACGAUUUUUUCAUGGAGAUGGCCCACAACAAGAAUUUGAAGCUGGAGCACAAAAAGGUGGAAAUGCUGGCUGUGUACGUUGCAGUGGGGAUGCUAGAAAGUACAAGGACCUUGCCGUUUUUCUAAGAAGACCACAUCUAAGCCUGUCGGAGCGUUUAAAGAAAAUAUUGCAAGGACCCGCUGGGAAAAACAGAAGAAAUGGUGGUCUGAAACCCUUCAAGGAUCUGCAUGUGGAAGAGCUGAAAAGAGAAUGCACUGUGCGUGGUCUAUCCUGUGACGGCUCAAAAAAAAGAACUGCAAGAAAUUCUCAAGGACGAGAUUGGUGGGAUUCAGAGAGUACCUGCAAUGAUCUUCUUUGAUCAGGAAAAAACAACGGUAGACCUUGGUUUAGGUUAGAAUGGUUUUACUAUAUUUCCACCUUCACACUUCAUCACUAGAAGGCUAUCAUUUACUGAAUGUUACAAGGACAUUUCCACCUAACAUUAUAAAAGGUGCACACUGAAACACUAGCCCAUGACACCAAGCACUUAAAUAAUUAUUACACAUAAUGACCCAGUAUUCAGUCAAUUGUGACCUUUACUUUUUUCCUAUAAUAGGAAACUAAGAGGUCUUACCUACAGAGCCUCCUCAUGACAUCAAAGAGCACAUAGCAAAUGUCCUGGCUGAGCUGCCAUCACACCUUGAGAAUGAAGGAAGAAAUGCACUUCAAGACAUCAUAGAAUGCUCUUUAGGUGGGAAGGAAAAGCUUAGAGGUUGUGACUUUCGCCUUGCAGCUGUCAUAGUAGCACAAUAUCUCAAAGGUAAUGAAAACAAAAUAAUGAUAAUAAUAGCAAAAUUUAUACAAUGGAAUCUCAAUAUAACGAAAGGCUAAGGGACUGGCAAACCUUGUUUGCUAUAUGGAGGUUUGUUAUACCGAGGUUCCACUGUAGUAAUUAAUCAGAAGUUAAAUAAAUACAGUAUAAUGCAUAUUUCUUGUUCUAGGAGAGGUUAGACCCAAGAUCCAGACAUUGCUAGAUUCCCUCCCCGAGCUCAGUAAACUUUUGUACUUGCCAGCAAAUUUACGUCCUCCAAAAUUGGUUCUUCGCCUUCACAAUCAAGCUUUCUUGCAUGCAAUGAUCUUGAAGGAAGUGAUUGGAAAUCCCAAUUCCCUAACUGCAAGAAAUUUAUAUGGCAGGUAUUGGCAUUCCAUAACCGUUCAUGCUGCCAAGCAAAGCAGAAUCAUCUCAUUGAAAUCCACCAACACUGAAGAAGAGGAAAGGCAUUUCAACACUCUUCAAGGUGUCACUAAGUUAACAAACAGGAGACCUGGUAACAUUAUCACUCCAAGCCUUGUUCGUCUUCAAGCAGAGCAAAAACUGGCAGAGAGCAAAAGUGCAACCAGUCCCGUGAAAAUGCAGGAGUCACAAAUCUCGAAAUAUCACAGCACUCUAACACCAUUCCCAAACACCGUUAUUCCAAAUCGGUACAUUAUAAGGAACCUAAAGGAGUACCAAGCACACUUAGAGAGUAUCAGUGACUUCAUUGCCUGUGGGGAAGGUGAACGGUGA